AUGCCUUUGUCUGUGUCUGAAUCGGAGGAGCUGUUCAUCCCAGAGUACACACGCAAGAAGCAGUCUAAUGCAAUUCAAGCACUUGAGCAGCCGUUUGACAGGGAGCAGCUCACAAAAUUGCUCAUUAACACGCUCCACGAGCUGGGUUAUGAGCAGUCGGCGGCGAUGUUGCAGCAGGAGAGCGGCGGGGUGCAGGUUGAGUCCGAGACGGUGCAGACACUAUUUGAGCUGGUGAAAUCCGGGCGGUUCGAACAUUGCACGGUGCGGUUGCUUUUCCGCCUACCGCUUGUGAAUGGAGACCUUGCGCACCUACUCCCGGUGGAGAAUUCAGAGGAAUGUGGUGAUCCAGGAGAGCCCGGGGUGACCGGGGAGCUUCUGCGGCAGUACCAGCUACUUCAGCAGUGUGUGCAGCGGCUCUCGGUGUACAACGCGGAGGACAUUGCGAAGCUCACAACGGCAGUGGAGAUAUUUGUACUUGUCUUGCGGCAGGUUUUCAUUGAGAUGGUUUUUGUGCGGCAGGAUAAGAAACGCGCGUUAUCGUUCUUACGGUCGCUUCUCAGGCCGACGAUACAGCUCUGGGACUCGCUUGUGGCUGUACAGACCAUAUCUAUGGUGGAGGAGCCCGAGGGAGAGUGGGCUAUGACUCCCGACACAGCUCUUCUGCAGAUGACGACUAUUUUGACGUGUCCUGCGGAAUCCGCAGAGGCAACAAAAAUAUGGGGAGGGUCUCUGGCAGCCUCGCGGCAAUUGGCGCUUGAUCAGAUUUCACAAUAUAUCAACCCGAAUGAUUUGGUUCCACGGGGCAGGCUCAUUACGUUGUUAAAACAGGCUAUACAGUUCCAGCGGUCCAGCGACCUGUUAAGCUUCAGCGACGAUCCUCACAACCACGAAGGAAACCGUUCUGGAGAGAAAACCACUUAUAACUUGCUUCAAGAUAACGUUGGCUCUAUGUGCAUGUUCAAUUUCAGUCAUGUGAAGACUCUUUCGGAAAAUAAAGAUGAAAUCUGGUACCUCCAAUUCUCACCAGAUGGUCGGUAUUUGGCCAGUGCAUCCACUGACCCUUCCAGCGAUCGUAAGGUAUUCAUAUAUGACGUGUUAAACAACUUCAGGGUUUAUAAAGUUUUGGCCGGUACAGAACAAUCUGUAAUUUGUUUGACCUUCUCUGCCGACAGCAAGAAAGUCAUCACAUGCCCUUUUAAUGAAGACGUGAAGGUCUAUAACAUACACGAUGAGGGAACCCCUAUCGGCAACAAUGCAAAUAUUCAUCCAAAUAUGGUUGGCGCCAGGGUAAUUGAUCCGGCUUAUCAGGUGACAGUUACCCUCCAAGACACACCGUCUUCUGCGGUUUCAAGCUCAUCCGCGAACACUCGAAUGCGCGUGUGGUGCGCUACGUGGUUCCAUCACCAGCCCAAUCUAAUAGCAUUGGGAUCCACUGACAGAGAUGUUGUCAUCUAUGACCUAGAUCUGAGAACUACUGUGUGUCGGCUAGCGCAAACUUAUCAGAAUUCCAUCAACUCACCGAACCAUAGCACAUCUACGUCACCUCCCCCUACCGCUACAGAUACCGGGAAUGAUCAAUUUUUGCGUGUUCAUGCUGUAACCAUAUCGCAUGAUGACAAGUACCUAAUAUGCAUGAGCAAUGACACGUACAUUGAUGUCUACGACAUGUCAGAAUUAUCGCCUGAUUGUGAACGCUCGCACGAAAUUAGGACUCCUAGACUAUCUAGACUUAAUAUUGGGAAGCAGAUGAUGUCCAUGAGCGGGCCAGUUGGACCCGAUGAUUCGCUUUUACUAAUCAGUGUACAGCCACACGAGCUUCAGCUAUGGGAUUUCAAAAGGCAGAUUAUGGUCCAAAGAUAUGUAGGACAGCGGCAGGUGGCAUACAUCAUCCGUUCGUGCUUUGGGUAUGGGGACAACCUAGUUGCUGGAGGUUCGGAAGACGGGAAGAUAUACAUUUGGGAUAGAUAUUAUGGUAAUAUUAUUGGCGUUCUAUCUGGGCAUAACAUGGAGAGACCGGACGACUCCAGAAAUAAAAACUUCCCAAUGACCAAAGUUUGCAAUACUGUAGCAUGGAAUCCCGUCAAUUCAAGACUAUUUGCCUCUGGAGGAGAUGACGGUCUGGUGAAGAUAUGGAAGGUUGACCCUAAUUGA